CCAGCUCCCACACCCCACCUAGACGCGUCCGCCGAAACACUGCCGCCGCCCACACAUUUGCGCAUCAUGAGGCCUCCGAAUUCUUCAUCUACAUUUGUCCCUGCCUACAAACGCCCUUCCUGCCGUUUCCUAUAGCGCACAAGCCCCGGCCGCGGUGAUUCCUGCUAUCGCGAACCCCACAUUCUCGCACUCCAGCUCCCACAGCACACGCCCACGAUGUCCAAUCCCGCACAGCUCCUCAAGGGCAAAUCCACAGCCAUAACAGGCGGCGUGACGGGCAUCGGGCGCGCCAUCGCACUGGCAUACCUUGCGCACGGCGCCAACAUCGCCGUCAACCACUUCGGCGACGCGAAGUCGGCGGAUCAAUACCAGACGCUUCUUGAGGAGGCAGCAAGCAUCCUCGGCAGCAAGGAGGAAGCGGAGAAGCGGCUUGCCGAGGUUUCCGGCGACGUGGGCAACCCUGAGACGGGGAAGAGGCUCGUGGCAGAGGUGGUGAAGCGGUGGGGACGGCUGGAUGUUGUCGUGAGCAAUGCAGGGAUAUGCGAGUUCAAGGAGUUUCUGGACAUAACACCCCAGCUCUGGGCAACGACGCACGACGCGAACCUCACUGGCGCAUUCAACACCAUCCACGCCGCCGCAACGCAGAUGUCCACCCAAUCGCCCCCGGGCGGCUCCGUCAUCGGCAUAUCCUCCAUCUCCGCUCUCGUCGGCGGCGCGCAACAAGCCCACUACACCCCCACCAAGGCCGGCGUCCUCAGCCUCAUCCAAUCCGCCGCCUGCGCCCUUGGCAAGCACAACAUACGCUGCAAUGCGCUCCUCCCGGGUACUAUUAAGACGCAGCUGAACGAGAAAGACCUCGCCGACGACGAGAAGAGGAAGUACAUGGAGGGCCGGAUACCGCUGGGGCGGACAGGCGAGCCGCGCGAUCUCGCAGGACCGGCCGUGUUUCUGGCAAGUGACGAGCUGAGCGGAUACGUGACCGGGGCGCAGUUGCUGGUUGAUGGGGGUUUGUUUGUGAAUCUGCAGUGAGGGGAGCGGAUAGCUCGUUAAUAAGGAGAAUGCGCUUUCAAGCGGAGCCACUGAACCAACUUCUUCGGUGAUGCAUAUGUGUCAGUUUGCAUGAUGCAGUGUAUUAUUUGUUUUACUGUUCAAAUGCAUCGGGUGUAGAUGUAGCACCACCAUAUACCCCGGUCUGAAUCAUCA